AUUGCGACAGUUCAGAAAAUUAAUGGGAAACUCAAAAUCACGUCAAUUUUGACAACUACCUCUGUUAGCAGUAAAAAAUUCUAUAUACAGGAUGGCUGGGUCGGUUGCCCUCACCCUUACUCUUGCCAUCUCAUGCAGCUGCCAAUACAGAGAAGAAAGUGAGGAGUACCCCAGAAGGCCCCCUCCCCAAAUUCUAUCGCACAAACAAGCCCUGAAUCACGACGGCAACUUCAAGUAUUUGUUCACAUCGGAGAAUGGGCUCGCUCAAGGAGAAAGCAUCGCCCCCGACGGCACCAGAACUGGAGGCUACAGUUACGUGGACCCCAAUGGUAAGAAAAUUUCCGUGAAAUACACGGCUGGAAAGGAGGGAUUCAGGAUUUUGGAGGCAGAUCACUUGCCGAAAGCCCCUCAGCCGGUUGCCCCGAUCCCAGUUCCACAACAGCAAGCAGCCUACUCUCAGCCCCGCGCAUCAAGCAACCAAUACGACGACGGCCAAUACCGCGCCGAGGCGUACGAGAAGCCCCAAUCAGGCCAGGCUCAGUCCUACUACUACCCCAAAACGUACACUCAAGCCAAUACCCAACCUAGACCGGCCUACCAGCAAUCUGCCUACCCUCAACCUUCCGCCUACCCCCAGCUCCAAGCCAGGCCAACUCCCAGCAGCAAUGAACUUGGGGAAAAAGAGCCCGAGUAUAACGACGCCCCUGGAAAAGCCAACAGCUUUGGAAGUGGAUAUCUGUUCGAGUUUGGAUCCGGUUAACUGCUUAGAAAAGUAAACUGAUGAUGCUGAUGAUAAUCUGUUAAAUAUUUAUUGUUUGUCUUUUGGAUAUUAAUUCAGUAAGUGGGCACAAAUGGACGUUGCAGUGAUAACGCACAUCACAGUGUGUGAGUGCGAAGUGAAAGUUAUUCAAAGCAAUUAAUUGGAAUAUUAGGGGGCGUUGCGCUUGAUCCAUUCUUGUUAUUGCCUGCAAUAUUGUUUUUAUAUUUUUUUAUUUGUACUAUAGUGUGAAAUUGGACCUUGUAUUUCAAACUCGACUUCAUUAGUUGAACAAAUAUAUUGUUAAACAGAA